CUGACAGCUUUCCGCGUCCUUGCGUAUAAGGCUAUCUACUCGGCGUUCAUCAAGGGAAUGUCCGGUCAAAUCACAAGCUCGAUGACACGGAAGCCGGCGGGACAUCCUCACCGGGCGAAGGAUUCUUGCCAUCAUCCUGAUACGCUACUCGUUCCAUAUGGUACCAAAGUCACAUCAUGUCCGCCCAGGAACAUCAUUCACGAUGUCGCUCAUAAUGCGGAGGCGCACAGACCCUUCGGCGCGGUCUACCAUAGCCUCCUGGGAGUAGCUCUGGAUGCUGUUCCUAUAAAGCGGGGAAGGGGAGAGACAAUACGCCGUGGUCCAGCUAGCUUUCCUCGGCGGGAUGUUGCUCACCACGCGCCUGCUCGCGGUCCUUGCUCUCGUGCUCUGCGCUACAGGUGCUCCCUCUACCAUUUCUCCCCAUGUCGUCCAUGAAUCUCGCAGUAAUGUUCCCCGCGGUUGGGCCCCCGUACGGCGCGCCGAGCCGACCAUGAUCCUGCCUCUCCGCGUCGGUCUUGUGCAGUCUAACCUGGAGCACCUGGAGGACUUCGUCAUGGACGUAUCUCACCCCGAGUCAUCCCACUACGGCAAGCAUUGGUCAGCGGCGAAGGUCGCACAGACAUUUCGCCCCACGAAAGAGUCCGCCGAUACCGUACGCGCGUGGCUCGUCGAGAGCGGUGUCGACCCGACCUCUGUUCGGGUGAGCGCGGGCGGUGGUUGGCUCAAGGCGGACGUCACGGUUGAGCAGGCGGAGAGUCUGCUGGGGACCGAGUACCAUGUCUACCAGUUCGGGGAGGACGACAGCAGGGUGCACGUCGCGUGCCACGAGAAAUACCACCUUCCUGAGCAUGUCGCGAAGCAUGUCGAUAUCGUGACGCCAACGCUACAUUUUGACGUGAAGCCAAAGCUGGGCGCACCCCAAGAAGUUGCUCUCGACAAGCGGGAUGGCGUAUCCAGCGAUGUCAGUGCGCACGCGGUUGGUCAACCUGGAUUCGGCGUCAGCUUCCCCAAAACCACGGGAACCAUCGGGACGAUAUUUAACGAGCUAGAGAACUGCGACGAGCAGAUUGUGCCUGACUGUCUUCGCGUCCUUUAUAGCUUCGAGUAUAUUCCUUUCGCCACUGAUAAGAAUUCGAUCGCGAUCGUCGAAUACACGCCGCAAGCGUACCUCCCGGGCGAUCUUGAUCUUUUCUUCGGUAACUUCUCGCCCAGCCAGGUUGGCCAGCGGCCAGUCCUAGAGAGCAUUGAUGGUGGCUAUGACCAAACCGAAUAUGAAGGCUUCGGGGAGAACGGCGAGUCCGACUUGGACCUGCAAUACUCAAUGUCGCUGGUGGGGCCUAAACAGACGGUCACCCUGUAUCAGGCAGGCGACCUCUAUGAAGGCGCCUCGUUCGGCAACCUCCUCGAUGCACUCGAUGCCUCAUACUGCACGUUCGAGGGCGGAGACAACCCGGAGUUUGAUGCAACGUAUCCCGACCCUUACGGUGUUGGUUAUGAAGGGCCCGAGGAUUGUGGAACUGUUACUCCAGCCUAUGUGAUGUCGACGUCGUACAGCUAUGAUGAGGUCGAGCUCACGCCAGCCUAUGAGCAGCGGCAGUGUGCCGAGUAUGCAAAACUCGGAUUGAUGGGUACAACGAUCCUGUACUCUUCUGGGGACUAUGGUGUCGCUGGUAAUGGGGGUAUAUGCCUUGACUCGGAAGGCUACGAAUCAUACGAUGGCACGGUCUUCAAUCCCUCCUUUCCAGGCACGUGUCCUUACGUGACUAGCGUUGGCGCGACACAGGUCAACCCCGGUGCAUCGGUGUACGAGCCAGAAAGCGCGUGCGAGCAGGUGAUCUACUCCGGGGGUGGCUUCUCGAACGUUUUCGCCAUGCCAUCCUACCAGAAGGCCGCGGUCGAGCACUACAUGGCCACCUACCCUCCUUCGUACUCCGACGGAACCUACAACACAUCAGGCACUUCUCGAGCAUAUCCUGAUAUCGCUGCCAAUGGCGCGAACUACGUCGUUGCGAUCGACGGCGAGUUCAGUCUCGUGUAUGGAACAUCAUGCUCGUCGCCUGUCUCGGCAUCCAUCUUCUCCGCUAUCAACGACGCGCGCCUGACCAUCGGGAAGGGUCCUAUUGGUUUCAUCAACCCGACGAUAUAUACUCCUCUCUUCAUGGAAGCAUUCAACGACAUCACCACCGGGAACAAUCCAGGCUGCAACACGAACGGGUUCUCUGCGGAGCCAGGUUGGGAUCCUGUCACUGGCGUAGGCACGCCCAAUUUCGCCAAGCUGGUCGGGCUUUGGCUGGCAUUGCCUUAAAUCGAAUCCUCGACUUGAGAUCAUGUGUACUUGGUCGUGCGAGGGUCAUAUUGUCGCUGAAGGACAAGUAGAGCCACGGUUUACACAGUAAUGUUACAUAGCGAGCUCGCGGUUGUACAAUUGCUACGAUUAUUCAGGAACCGUCGCUGCUUAUCGCGCGCGAAGGUGUCUCAAUCACA